CAAGUUUCUGCGAAUGGCUACUGAUUUGGAUGAAAAAUGCUUGUUUUGCUCGAUUGUCAAAGGAACAAUCCCGAGCUUCAAGGUCAUCGAAACUGACCAUAGCCUUGCCUUCCUCGACAUUAGUCCUGUCUCCGAAGGCCACACGCAAGUCAUUCCCAAAUAUCAUGCAAGAACUCUUGGUGAACUGCCAGAUGAAUAUUUACGUGAUAUCGGUCCUCUCAUAAAGAAGGUCGCACUGUCGACUGGUGUGGAACAGUACAAUGUUAUGCAGAAUAACGGCAAACUGGCAUUCCAGCAUAUCGAUCAUGUCCAUUUUCAUGUCAUUCCGAAACCCAAUGAAAGGGAAGGACUGGUUCUGAAUCUUGAUGAUAAUUGGCCAAUGAGGAGAGCUGCGCAAGAGGAUCUGGCCAAGACUUUGGAAAAGAUGAAGGGUAGAAUCUGACGGAGAUUUCAAUGCAUUGAGCACCUCAGGGAAGCGCGGGACAAGUCCUAGGACGAAUAAAUCACUUUUGCUUGUUGUUUACGUGUCUAUCAGCUAUCGAUGACGGAUCCUGUAUUUCACAAUUAUUUCAAUCCAUUCAAAGAUUUGUCCGC